GUCACACUCACAUAUUUCAUCAUAGUUUUCAAUUUUCAUUGUUCUCUUAUUUUAUAUCUACUAAGUACUAAUCAAUUAUAUUAUUUUUUUAUCGUUAAAAUUUACUUAUUAUCCCAGUGUGCAAAUUAUCUACGCAACAUUAAUAACCAAUAUUUACAAUUAAAAACACUUGCACAUUUUCGUUUUAUUUUUAACUACAGCGAACAAAAUGUUUAAAUCCAACUUCGAGAAGUUACUUGAUAAAGUUACUAGCAAUUUGCUUCUAGAACCAGAUUGGCCAUCAACGUUGGAAAUCUGUGAUUCAAUACGUCAAAAAGAUGUGCAGCCAAAAUUUGCACUCAAUGCUAUUAAAAAGAAAUUGUCAAGUACAAAUCCUCACACUGCUAUGUAUAGCUUAUUGGUAUUGGAGUGUUGUGUAAAAAAUUGUGGCCAACUAGUACACGACGAAGUAGGAUCUAAACCAUUCAUGGAGCAAAUACGAGAAACUAUUAAAACUACACCACAUGAAAAUGUCAAAUCCAAAUUGCUUGAACUUUUACAAACAUGGGCAUUUGCCUUUCGUGCUGUUCCCAAGUACUGUGCUGUUCAGGAUACUGUAAAUAUAAUGAAAGCUGAAGGUUAUACUUUUCCUGCGUUGAAAGAAAGUGACGCUAUGUUUAGUUCAGACGUAGCACCUGGUUGGGAAGAUUCCGAUUGCUGUCAUAGGUGCCGUGUGAAAUUUGGCAUGGUACAGCGUAAGCAUCAUUGUCGAGCUUGUGGACAAGUUUUUUGUGCGCAGUGUUCUUCUCGCUCUUGUACACUUCCAAAAUUUGGCAUUGAAAAACCUGUUCGUGUUUGUGAAGCUUGUUAUGAAAAAUCUAACAAAUCAAAUACAACUAAAGGAGCAGAUGACUUACCAAUAGAAUAUCUUACUAGUUCAUUGGCUCAACAAAAUCAAGUUCCAACAAACAGAAAAACUGAAGAAGAGCUUAGAGAAGAUGAAGAACUUCAAUUAGCUUUGGCGCUUUCCCAAUCGGAGGCAGAACAACAAAAGGUACCAUACAUGAGUUCAAUAUCAACACCAGCUGCUCGUUUAUACUCAUCACCUCCUGUGAAAGAAGAAAAAACAGAAGUUGAAGAAGAUCCUGAACUGGCACGUUAUUUAAAUCGCUCUUAUUGGGAAAAUCGAACUGAACAGCAAUCCAAAACUUCACAAUACAAUAAUUUUAGUUCAACAAAUGCAAACACUGUGCAGCCUUCAAAUGUUGCUUUAAACACAACUGUAAAAAAUGAUCAGCCUAAUGAUUCUGGAGAAAUGGAAAUGUUUAUAACAUCAGUAAAAUCACAAUUAGAGAUCUUUGUGAAUCGUAUAAAAUCAAAUUUGAGUAGAGGUAGAACCGUCAUUAACGGUGGCUCAUUGGAUACUUUUUACUCAAAGAUCACUCCUAUGCAUCAAAAAUUACUCCAGUAUAUUCAACAACAAGACGAAAAGAGACUGUACUAUGAGAGAUUGCAAGAUAAGCUCGUUCAAGUAAAAGACACUCGGGCCGCAUUAGACGCAAUGAGAGAGGAUCAUAAAGCUGCUUUACAGCAAGAAGCUGCUUAUGCCGAACAACAAAGACAAUUACAGUUAGCGAUGAAGUUAGAUGUAUUAAGACAAAGAAAACAACAAUAUCAACAAUAUCAACAUCAAAUGACACUCGCACAAGUACAACAACAAGAACAAGAAAUGGCUAUGCGAAUGGAACAUCAGCGACAAAACUAUCUCAAUACUAGCAUUUAUGGACCAAAUUCCAUACCAAGUGUGCCAACUGCUCCAACUCCAUACAUGUCAUCUGGCCCUAGUUCAAUUGUAUCUUCUCAGAUACAAGAAAAUAAUAUACCAGGUCAUUAUCAACAUAUUCCUCAAAAUCAAGCUUUUCCUGGAAGACAUAUGAUAUCGCAAAACCCAAAUGCAGUUCCAAUUACCCAACCUGUUAGUUUACCGUCUAAUGAACCUCAUAAUAUGAUUCACACUAAUCCGAAUAUUCCUCAACCCAUUUACCGACCACAAAUGCCACCAUUAUCAUCAAAUUCUAUAAAUCCAGGGGUUCCCAUUAGUCAACCAAUAAGCUCAUUGCAUCAACAGCCACAUUCGAGUGUUGGUUCUCACACCCAACCGAUGAUGCCAGGUCACCAUCAAGCUCCUAUGCCACAUAUGGUGGGACCACAGCGUACAAUGUCAGUUGGACAGCCAAUGAUACCCAGCCAACAUCAACAGCCAAUGAUUGGACAGAUGCCACCAAAUAUUCCUUACGGCGUCCCUGUGCAUAUGGGACCGUAUGGUUCUCAGCCCAUACCUAGUCAGCAAGUCAAUCCACAGCCGUCCGCUCCCAAUCAACAUGAACAAUCCAGAGUUGAGCAACCUGCAGUUGCUGAGUUGAUCAGUUUUGAUUAGCUUAAUAUAAUAUUGCAUUCCGAGUACACGUUUUAUCACAUAAUAAUAUUUAUUGAAAUUUAACAUUAUUUUAAUUUUGUGGGUAUUUUAUUAAAUUGUUUAUUAUAUACAAAAUAUAAAUAUUAUAUAAAUUUUAAAACAUAAAUAGUGCUUUAUAAAUUAACAGACAAAACAAAAAUGUAUACACUACCUACAUAACAUUGCAGUAAGCCUAAUAUUACCAUGGACAUGUAGAUUAAUCAGGUUGAUUAUGAUUUAUGUGUGAAUCCUUACUGGCAAAAACUUAUCAAAUACAUUUGGUAAAAAUAAUAAUAAACUAUGAAGUAUAUUAAUUUAGAAGCUAUUAGCCAUAAUACGGGGUUCUUGUAUAAGGUGUUCGGUUGUCUUCUUCCUUUAUUUUUUGGUAAUAGCUGUAGGUCACCCACCACAUGUAUACAUAAAUACCUAGAUGAAACAAAAAAAAUUAAUUUUUGGUUUUGAUAGUUAUUUUUCUUAAUAACUUACAGACACCGAGCAUGCCAACAACUAGUACUAGAAUGCUUGUGAUGUAAUAUGCGUGUAUUAAAAAGUCAAUAGUGGUAUACAAAACAGAUAUGACUAGUCCAAUACAUAGCAUAAUUGUUAGCACGAUCCAAGGUAGCAUCAAUAAUUUGUUUCUCUGAAAAAAUAAUUUCAAUUUUGAAGUUAA